CUCAGAAAGCACGUCCGGAGCUUGAAAGAAGAGUCGUGGUCCGGAGGGCGGCAUGAUCCUUCAGCAGGCAGGUGGUAAAACGGGCUGAGUAUAAGGCCUUGACGCCGGGUGCAUAGCAAGUGGAUGCGCGUGUGAGCUCCAUCAGACUGCCAGCUUCGCGCAGUGCUGUCCGCCAUGGACCGAUCAUUCUAUCGCCAGUCGGACUCGGCCAACGUCCCUGAGCCGCAGCCUUCUCUGACAGGCCCCGUCCGCCGCCUCGGAGCUAAGCAUGGUGCAAAUGCGUUCUCGAGAACCGGGGCAAAGCCGUAUGACCGGCCAAAGUCUGCCGGUCAACGAGAUGACUCGCAGCACGAUCAGCAUGGAGUGCAAGGGUUCAAGACUCCCGUUCGGCUGACACAGCCUUCGUUAGGAAACCAAGAGCAGCGUCAACAGCAAAACGCAUCGGCUCCAUCCAGUGACACUCCGAGACCAGGCUUCCUCGGACGGGUUUCCAAUCUGGUCUCGCGGCCUUACUCAUGGCUGACGUCGACUCCAGCCCCUGUUGCCGCUUCGAGUUCGGCGCCGAGCGACGCGGUCUCAACUCGCCAAAUUCCGUCCUCUGCGCCACGUCCCCGAGAACACAGGUCGUCAGAUACGGCUGCAGGAUCGCAUACCUCGCGCACGUUCGCAAGCAUCCCUUCUCAGUCACGGACAGACGCAAGUGCGGCGAUCCGGGCGGUUGGGAUUCAAAGGCUCGACUCACAUCGCCAAGAAGGGACGCCUUCGCGAACUAUGUCAGUGUAUUCAGCUGCUCCAUCUCAGGCCUCCCGCUUCUCGGGAAUGUCGGGCUCUCAGUCGUUUGCAUUCGGCUUUGGCUCGGAACGUAGACUCGGCGGGCUCGGCCCGCGAGGACCAAGCCGGCUCUCCUCUGCCAGCGUCAUCGGCUUUGGUGGGACCAGUUCUUCUGCUGUGGGAUCUACUCUCGGGAGUGCAAGGCGACUCCAACAGCAACGGCCCAUCUCUGGCUCCAGCCUGGUGGGAAGUGUGGGACGCAGCCCGAUCAGCCGAAGAGUUGCACGCUCGAGUCUCGGCUCGUCCGGCCUUGCAACCGGGGGCGUGUACGCGGCCAGUGAGAUCGGUGGCAGCUAUGCUACGCGUGCAGCCUUUGGUACCCCGAGUAGGCAACCGGCACACGCUGGCUCCGCAUUUGGACCCUCGCGCGCCGGGAGCGCCUACCGUGCCGACGGCGCCGCGGGGGCGGCGCCAUCCGAAUUUGGCUCAGUGUACAGCGGAGCGCCUAGCACGCCUGGCAGGCGCCACCGGCAGCCCUGGACAUCACUCAAUCUGCACGCGCCCAGCAGCACGAGACGCAUGGAGGACACGGAAGGGGAAGAGAUGAUGCGCAUGUACGCUGCGGCAAAUGCCAGGGAGCAGGGCACUGAUGCAGAGUUGGAGGAGGUUAUGGGUGCUUCCCUAUCAUCACGAUUGGAUUCCACUCGUGCUGAUGCAGUUGAGCCUACGCUGGGCAAGAGGCCGAGAGAACCGAGUGGCUUAGAGGAUGCAGAAGGCGAAGACUACGUUUGGAGCUCCCGCAAGCGGCGCAAGCAGAUGAUCUACGACCCAGAGCUUGGCUUCGUCACCCCCGAAGAGCUGCAGGCUAGACGGCCGGCCCCUCCUCCACCAAAGAAUGAGGCGGAAGCCAUUCUCAAUCAUCUUGAGCGUUUGCGCACGCCUUUAGGGGACGCGCGGCGAGGGCUUCAGUCUUCACCGAUUUCCAAUCGCAUUCUUGCGCCAGUGCCUGUGCCGACGCCUGAGCGCUCACAACGUUUCGGCUAUGUUGACACCCUUGGUGAAGAUUCUGGGACAAGCGGGAGUGUAUCAGGAGUGGGGCAACGCUCAACCUCGAGUCUGCGCAAAUCGAUUGCCCCACAGACAAGAGCUCUGGAGAAGAAUCGCAAGGCGUACGAAAACUCGCCUAUGCGCAGUGCAGCUGGUGAAGGGGGCCUUAGGGCCAAGCUGCGCGACAGCUUCAAAGCCUCCACACCGCGAGCGAGCAGCGUGGACAAUGGCAAGAGCAUCAAGGGUGUUAUUGCGCGGAAAGUGAACCAAAGGCAGUUCGAGGAAGAGGAAGAUGAAGAUGAGGAUUAUAUUCCUGACAUGGAGGAGGAGCAAGAGUCGAGUGGAAGCGAGAUGGCUGUUGAAGAAGAGGAGGAGGCAGCCUUAGAUGAUGCACUUCCACCUCCGAAACCGGCGGCUCAGCGAACGGGGCUACAGAAAGCAGUGGGCAAGAGCGAAGGUACGCAGCAAGAGAAUACUGCUGCUCCCAGUCUGAGAGACGGUCUACGUGCAUCAAGCGCAGCGCCGAUGGGUCGACUGACUCUGUCGAGCUCAAAAGAUGACAACUUCACUAUCCGCUCGGACCCGACCGAAAGCAGCAGCUCUCGAUCGAGUUUGCGCGUCGCAGCGACCAAAACCAGCCGUCAGCAUCAGAAAGCGAGUGGGCGUUUCACGGCCGAUGACGGCAGUGACGAAGAGGAUAGUGACGAAUUGGACGAAAAGGUGCUGAAGCAGCUGCAAGCGAGCAAGAGCGUGACGCCCGUCGCAAUCUUCCCAACAAGCUUCAAAUUUGCGGAUGAAGGCAUUACCUCCUCUGCCCACAUUGCUUCGCCCGUGUCGGCGCGGACGCGAAGCACUGCAACUGUAACGCCGGCUGCAGUCGCUUCAGCUGCACCCGUACAGCCCCCAAAGAUCGUCUUCAAAGCAGUUGCUGAAGAAGGCUGGGAGAAGCCAACCACAUCGUCUGCUCCUGCUGCUGUGGGCAAAGCAUCAGAUCUUGCGCCUAGCACUGGCUCUUUACUGGCACGUAUGGGUGACUUUGCCGAGGACUCUACCCCCUCUGCGCCUGCAGCAGCGCCGGCUUCGCAGCCAAAGCCAGCUUUCUCCUUCGCUGCACCGGCUGCGGUAGGUCAAGAUGUCAGCGCUGUCAAUCCGACUCCAAAGCCGAUCUUCUCCUUUGCACCGACCCCCGCAACUAGCAAUGCUGUGACUCCCACAUUUGAAAGCGAAAAGAAGUCUACUAUCCCGAACGAUUUCUUCAGCCUUCCAUCUAAGGACACCUCCGCAUCUAAGAAAGACACGCCGAGCAGCGAAGAUGGUGCAGAGAGCAGGCCCAACUUUUUCGCAAGCUCACUCGCGAAGCUACCUCAGAAGGAAGCUAGCGCACCAGCUGGCAAGCCAAUGUUCAGCUUUGGCACAGCCGAGCUUUCGAAAACCUCCGCUGCAACGCCAAUUUUCUCGCUGCCCAAGCCCUCAUCUUCGGAAGAAGCGUCAGAAACAAGCACGAAAAAGGAGCGCUCCGCCGAUGAUGCAUCGGAGGAAAGCAAGGCGCCCGUUCAAGCCGAUUCCACUUCGAAGAAGCCGGCAUUCAGUUUCGCUAAUGGCACAGCAGCUGGUGGUAGCGAAGCGUCGAAGCCACCGGCUUUCUCAUUCGGCAGCCCAUCUGCAACCUCAAGUCUGAACCCGCCAGCAUCGACGGCUCCUAGCUCCAGUACACCUGCUUUCUCCUUCGGAACGCCUGCCGUAACGAGUGCUUCGACGUCAGCCGCAGCGCCUUUUCCCUUCAAAAAGCCGGAAGCGGCGCCCAGGCGAGAGACCAAUGGCAGCGCUGCGACUUCAGCUUCCCAGCCUGCAUCAGGGACACCAGCCUUGUCGUUCGGUGCACCAACCUCAUCGGUGCCACUUGCUUCGUCGGCUGCACCCGCGUUCAGCUUUGGACAACCAGCAGCGUCGUCUGCCUCGUCGACACCGACAGCAGCUGCAGGCUCGCAGACACCUGCGACAGGAACAACAGCUUUACCAGCUGACUUGAUGGAUGAAUCGCCUGGUGGGGGCGCUGUUGCAACUGCAGCAGGUGCACCACCGUCCACGCCCUCCUUCUCAUUUGGCGUACCUUCUUCGGCCGCACCAACAGUGCCGAAGCCGCUCUUCUCCUUCGGUGCACUUAGCGCAACAAAUACGGCUCCUACUGCUGGGACACCGGCAAGUCUUCCAUCGUUCGGUGGCUUUGGGCAGGCACCUGUCGGCGCAGGCUCUGGUGCAGCAGCAGGGACAACGUUUGGAAUUGCAUCCUCUACUACACAGUCGUUCACGUUCGGCCAGCCAGUAGGCGGCUCACAGAGUUCUGGGUUUGGCGUUACGCCUUCGUCGCAAGCGCCAGCCAAGUCUCCGUUCGGUUUCGGUGGUAACACCGGCGCAUCCAAGGGGCAGGCGCCAGCCAUGGCGCAGACUGGCAGCAAUGGGAGCGCAGGGAGCCAGAACGCAUUCACAUUCGGUGCGCCAUCCAGCGGCAGCGCCCCCUCCAGCCCUGCACCGGGUACUGCGUUCAACUUCAACUUUGGAAGUACAGCGCCGGCAUUUGGCAGCAGUAGCAUCACCACCGCCGCUUUUGGUGCCAAUGGCAACGCUGCUCCUCAGCCUUCGCAGUCGCAGCUGGCAGCGUUCACGUUCGGGUCUGGGACCUCUGUACCGGGGACGCCGCCGGGUACAUCGGCGGGCGCGCCGCCUGCUGCCGCGGGGACAUUCUUCAACAUGGGCUCAGCACCUUCUUCGACGCCAGGCUCGCCAAGGCGGGUCAAAGGUCUACCUCCACGAGCGAGGCGUGCAGGCUGAGGCCAAAGUUCCAUGCCAUUUCGCAUGUUGCAUCUAUCAGCAACAAUCGAUGCAAAGAACAUGUAACAUAUCCUUGGAAGUAUGUCAUA